CUAUAAAAUAGAUUGAUUUGUGUAUAUUGUGUCAGUGCGUGUGUGUAAUAAAGAUUUUAUACAAGUUAAAUUUUUGUGAAGAGAAAAAAAAAACUAUUCAAUCCAUACAGUAAAAUAUUGUACACAUUAGUGGUACAAUAUUUUAAAAUACACAACAAAACACAAGAUAAUAUGAACAAUUAAUUUAAGGCUCAAAGUUUUAAAGACUCCCUGUAUAUAUAUAGGAUAAGUAAAACAAAAGCAUGUCUCAGUCCUUUAAUAAAAAUCAUACUUUCAAUCAAGCGAAUAUAUCAUCAAAAGUAUUUAAUUUGAACGUUUACUGGCCGAACAAUUUGCAUCAUGCGGUUAGUGUUGACGAACACAAUGACACGGUUCAAGACAUCAUUGAGAAGACGGUGGCGAUGGUGCCCACCGGACAAAAACCCAAUCCACAAUAUUAUGCUUUGCGCUUGCAAAAUAUGGUAACAAAAGAGACAUUGUGGAUGAAUAAGACGACUAAAAUCGAAAAACUACUUGAACACAUAUGGAAUUCAGCCUGUCCAAACACAGAAUGUCCCCAACAAAGGUCACAAAAUACGCCGCCAACCUUGAAUGUCAACGACAAGCUGAGCGUUUGGAGACCCGAACUACGAAUACGUUACUUGCCACACAGCCUCAGAGAACUUUACAAUGAAGAUAAAAUCACAUGUUAUUUUUAUUUUGAUCAGGUGAAGCAAGAUUUUAUACAGUCUAAUUCAACCAGCAUAGAUUUUGAUAGUGCAAUACAACUGUGUUGUCUGAGUAUGUUGCACUAUUUUCGUAAUGUGACGUGUACAAUACCGGAUAAGAAGCAACAACAUGUCGAGCAUAUUGACAAGGAAGUAGGCUUUCAUCAUUUCCUACCAAAAACUGUGAUAUCUUCAACAAAGCCAAAGAAUCUGAAAAAAGUGAUACAUACAACAUAUAAAAAGAUGUACCAACUAACUGAUGUCGAAUAUAUAACAAAGUAUUUUGACAUUCUGAACAAGUUCUACGAGACAGAGUAUGAAAAAUUUUCCGUUACUUUGAGUUCGUCAUGGAACAUAUCAGGAUAUCUUUAUGUUGGACCUAAAAUAGGUCUUUCAUAUCAAACCCAUCCGCAAGCAAACAUGAUACAGGUGGCCAACUUUAAAGACAUAAAUCGAAUAACUACAUUAUUUUUGCCCAAAGAUGAUUUACAUUCCAAUAACGAAACGAGCCUCAAACCAGUAGUCCCUACUAACGACGAUGGCACGAAUCAAUCGAAAACAUGCAGGUGCCGCGAAAUGAAGACUCAAGUUCGAAUCACAACUUCUAGUAAUGAUGAGGAUUUGGUAAUAACGUGCAACGGUUACAAUACGGCUACUAGUAUAGCGGAUCUCAUUGAAGGAUACUGUCUGUUAAUAAGCAAAAAUCAAGUUUGCACUCUAUGGAAUCCAUUAAGUCAUCAAAGAAAUGAUAAAUCAAAUGACCUUACAAUCCCUAUAUCGACAUUACAAAUAAGCAAUGGAGAGCAAGUGAAAGAUAAAACUGACGAAAACUCAAAGCCUAAACUGAGCGAAGACUAUGCUGAGCUUGGCCUCGUAGACGAAGAAGGCGACUAUUCAACUCCUGCAGUACGCAAUUAUGAAUUGGAUAGAAUGGAAAUCUCUCUUAAAAACACAAUUGGCGUAGGACAAUUCGGCGAUGUUUAUAUAGGAUCCUAUAAUACCAAAGUAAAAUGUGGUGCAAAAUGCGACAAAAACGAUUCAACGAAUUCAGCCGUAAUACAGGUGGCUGUAAAAACAUGCAAAGCCAACGAUGAUCCCGAAAAAAUGGAGAGGUUUCUUGAAGAAGCUUAUGUUAUGCAAAAGUUCGAUCAUCCCCACAUAAUACGGCUAAUUGGUAUUUGCAGUGAAUCUCCAGUUUGGAUUGUUAUGGAAUUGGCAGAAUAUGGUGAACUCAGAGCGUAUCUUAAAUCGAAUGCUGAAAAGCUGAGGAGAGAAACCUUACUGCUUUACUGUUACCAACUGUCAACAGCUCUCAGUUACUUGGAAUCCAAGAAAUUUGUCCAUAGAGAUAUAGCAGCUCGUAAUGUUUUAGUUAGUUCGCCAACUUGUAUAAAGUUGGCCGAUUUUGGACUAUCCCGCUGGGUGUCGGAGCAGUCGUACUAUCAUUCCAGUAUGUGUAUGUUACCUAUCAAAUGGAUGGCACCAGAGUCAAUUAAUUUUCGUCGCUUCACAAUAGCCAGUGACGUUUGGAUGUUUGGCGUGUGUGCUUGGGAAAUUUUAAUGUUGGGCGUGAAACCAUUUCAAGGCAUUAAGAACAGCGAUAUCAUAACGAAACUCGAGAAUGGAGAGAGAUUACCAUUUCCCAACAAUUGUCCACCCCGGCUGUACUCUUUGCUUUCACAGUGCUGGACUUAUGAACCGUCCAAAAGGCCAAAUUUCAAAAGAAUUAAAGAAACUUUAUACGAAAUACUAAUAGAAGAACGAGCAAGCGGCUUCGAUAGCAUGAACAAGGAAAAUGCACGCGUUUUAUCAAUGAUUAUGAGUAAUAAUGAUGAUUGCGAGUUGCCGCCAACGAAACCCUCUAAAAUUCCACAAAGCAUGGGAGGAGGAGGAGGAGACAACGCUAAGCUGACAAACGACAAAACUGCCCUCAGUCCUCAAACGUACAUAAUAGCACAAAAUCCUGAAGUGUUAGCCCGUUUAAUGAAGGAAAAUGAGAAUCGUUGCAUUAAUCCAGCAGCUUAUACAACACCAGCAUCGAAAUCACGUAAAACAUCAGUUGGUCAUGACAUGGAAACGCAACAUCAUUAUCCGUUCGGUUCGGUGAAUAAUUCUGGUUGUGAUAAUCACUCUACAACUAGCUCUUCCUGCUUGGCUGAAAAUCAAAGCUACAUCUCUCCUUCAAAUGCAAAACUGAACACACAAAGUUUAACCGCCAUUACUGGUUCAUAUUCGACAGCAACUGACUCUUCCGCUUCAUCCAACCGGCAAUUUUCUGACACACAGAAAAAUAAUCUUCGUCCUAAUUUGAAUCGUAACAGAGACGAUGUCUAUAUGGCGACCAAAAAUGUAGUCAAGGCCAUUAUAACACUAUCGCAGGUGGUGGGAGAAAAUAAAGGUAACGAUUACCUGGAAUUAGUUAAAGACAUUGGAUUCGAAUUGAGAAAACUAUUACAAUCUGUCGAUCAUAUCUCUCCGCUAAUUCCUGCUGAGGCAUAUAAAGAAGUGGAAAUGGCACAUAAAGUAUUACCUAAGGACAUGCAUGAAUUGGUAGCAGCUAUGAAACUAGCUCAACAAUACAGUGAUACCACUUUAGAUGUAGAAUAUAAAAAAGGCAUGCUUUCUGCUGCUCAUGUCCUGGCGAUGGAUGCAAAAAAUCUACUGGAUGUCGUAGAUGCCAUACGACAAAGAUAUGAAUCUAUAUUUGGCGAAUAUUUUGAAGGAAAUGACUCCUCAUCGACCACUACAACCAGUAAUACUCCCAUUGGCGAAUUAAUGAACGAGGAUGGUUACCAAAUAAUGCAAAAUCAUCCCAUGGAACCCUUUUACUUAAACAGUGCUGAAGCUCACAAUAUUGUAGUUAAUCAAAAUCUAGUCCACAAACCUGAAAACUUUCUUACAGCAAGAAGAAAUUCAACAUUCAAUGCAGACCUAGUAGGCGUGUCGAAUUUUACUAAUGAACAACAACAACAUCAAGCAUUAAAAAUUAUUGAAGAUACUAAUGAUUCAAAGACUCUUAAAUUAUAAUUCUAAUUACAUAAUUAAAAACAAUAAAAAUAACCAUUGACCACUAUGGCAAUAGUGUAAUAAAUUAAUAAUAAAUUUUUCAUAUUAUAUAAAAUUAAACUGAAUAUUUAACAAACUUACACGUAUUUAUUUAAAAUGCAAAUAAAAGAAAACAAACCCAAGAAAAA